CUCGCCGACCUGGCGCUCGACUCCAUCGGCCUGCGCACGGGCCGCGUGUCCACGCGCUCCAGUGCCGUGCAGAGCCCCCUGCAGGCCGACGUCUUCACGCACAGCCAAGCGUACGCGCUGCUGCUAUUGGGCGAUGCGUCGGCGGGCGCGUUGGACGCCGUCAGCGCCGCCUUCAACGGCGCCGCGGCCUUCCACGCCGUGUACCCAUCUCAGGCCGCCAGCGUCAAGGUGCCGGCCGCGGUGGCCCAGGAGUUCCAAGCCAAGCACCACGCGGGCGUGCGCUGCGCCGGCAGCGCCGCGCUGUGUGCGAGCGUGGAAGCUGACGCGCCGUCCGUGGCCGCGGAGCUGGUGCAGGAGGUGCUCAAGGCCAACAGCUUCUUGGACGCCGCUGACGCCGCGGACGUGGCGUUUGCCCGCGAGCUGGCGCAGGUGGCGCAGCUCUCGGCGCAGCUCAAGCAGCAGACAGAGCAGAGCGGCAAGACGCUGUACGUCGUGGGGGUCUCGGGGCUGCAGGGCGACAAGCAGAAGAGGGCGCAGCAGGCCGUGGCCACCACAGUCGCUGAGUUUUUGGCUCAAUUGAUGAAGAAGUCGGGGGCUGCAGCGGCGCAGGUGAUGACGGGCAAGCUGCCGGCGGCCACGCAGCAGGUGGCGGCGCUCUCGCGUCGCGCGCGCAACAGGAAGCUGGUGUCGGGGCUCACCAAUGAGGACGAGGAGGAGGAAGAGGAAGAAGAGGAGAGCGACAGUGCCAGUGCCAGUGACAGUGACAGUGACGACAGUGACAGUGAGGAGAGUGAUGAGGACGAAGACGAGGAGGUGGUGGACCUGUCCGCGCGGAGCGGCAGCGUCUGGGACGAGGUGGGCGACGACAACUCGACGUCCAAGACCAACACGACGGCUGCUGGCGCCGUCUCCAUGCCCGACAUCGCCGAGUUCCAGAUCAUCUUGUGGACGUCGGUGCUGCUUGGAUCUAUGCUGCUGAUGGCGGUGCUGGCCAUGGGCAACAUGGACACCGGCCGCGACAGUCUGCUCUACGCCAAGUUCAUCGCCGACGUGAACGGCCGCAAGACCAAC